UUUUUCUUGUUGUGCUGUUUCUAUUUAUAGUGAGUGAGAUAAAGCCGUUCACAGGAUUAAGCAUUUAUCUGUCGUUCCCGUCCUCGUCAGGCUGCUUCUUCACUGAGCGAAGCAGCUCCUCCUUGUUUUUGGGAAUUGGUCAAAAUUGUCAGGUUGUUUGUUCAUGGUGAUGAUGUGUUCAUGGUGAGGUUCCUGUCACGUGGCAGCAGCCAUCAGGACUGCAGACUGCUGCGGCAGGUGAGACAACAGCGGCGUGGUAUGGCUGACGGUGAAAGAGCGGGAGGAAGAGCCGGGCUGCGAACACGGUUCAGGCUCCAGGGGCCGCGUUUGGCUCUGCGUCGCCGCCUGAGCACGCUCAGUAAUGUCAUCUGUCGCCCCACCCCCUGGCGCCGCAGACCAAUUGCCUUCCUCUGCUACUUCCUGUCUGUCAGUGCCUUGCGACCGUUGGCCAAUCGGGUGGCGUUGUAUCGUUCAUUUCCAACACGCUUUCUCUCUCGAGCUUGGGGUCGUUUGAAUGGCGUUGACCUCCCCACUUGGCUCAGGAAACCCAUCUACUCGCUGUACAUCUGGACCUUCGGAGUCAACAUGCAGGAAGCAGCUGUGGAGGAUCUACAUCAUUAUAGGAACCUGGGUGAAUUUUUCCGGCGACGACUCAAACCUGCUGUUCGACCGCUCUGUGCGUCCUCUUGCUUGAUUUCUCCAGCUGAUGGGAGGAUCCUCCAUUUUGGGCGGGUCCAGAACUCAGAGGUGGAGCAAGUUAAAGGAGUCACCUACAGUCUUGAAAAUUUCCUGGGUCCACAGAGGAGACAGGUCAAGAGUAAGGCCCCGCCCAUUGCCACACCGCACUCUGGCUCCUCCUCUUUCAGGGAGCACCUACUGUCAUCUCCCGUAAAUGACCUGUUCCAUGUUGUGGUGUACCUGGCGCCUGGUGACUACCACUGUUUCCAUUCGCCUACAGACUGGAGGGUGGAGCUUCGCCGACACUUUCCUGGCUCCUUAAUGUCAGUUAACCCGGGCGUGGCACGUUGGGUCAAAGAGCUCUUCUGCCUUAACGAGCGUGUGGUGCUCGUAGGCCAAUGGCAGCACGGCUUCUUCUCAUUGACAGCUGUUGGUGCUACCAAUGUGGGCUCUAUCCAGGUUUACUUUGACCAGGAUCUCCGCACCAAUGCUCCGAUCUACAGGAAAGGCUCAUUUCAUGACCACGCUUACACUGAUGGUGGGGUCCAGGCAUCACAAAGUGACAGAGGUGUGGCCUUAGCAGGAGAAGGUGUGGCUUUGCAGAAGGGGGAGGCAGUCGGCGAGUUUAACCUCGGCUCCACCAUCGUGCUGGUGUUUGAAGCGCCCAGUAACUUCUCCUUCAAUGUGCAGACCGGACAGCGCAUCAGAGUUGGGGAGGCACUUGGGAGCCUCUGAUUGGUCCAGCAACCCCAGGGAGGGGUUAGUGACAAAUUUCAUGGACAGGGGAAGGAUGUAUUCAUGAAGGAAGAAAUAAGAACUCAAACUCCCAGAAUGCCAUGUGCCUCAUAGAGGGGAAAUUCCACUUAUGUAUGUUUGUUUGUGUUGUCUUUGUCAUUCCCAUGGUGCUGCACUUCACUGCAUCCACGACACCAUGUAACCACCUUGGAUCCUUAAUGGCAACCACUCAGGCAGACAACCGUACUAUCCCCACAUCUCUAAGACCACGUGUUUACCACAGCCAGGUGAACCAUGGGCAUGUCUUUGACCUUCUCCAUACUCUGGGUCCUCAGCACUCAGGCACCUGAUAAACAUGCCACACAGCCACAAUAUCGAAGCUAAUGUUCCCUCACAAUGUCAGUGAUACUCCUCAUCUGAGUCUCACUAAAUAACUGUUUGACACAAAGUCAUUCCAGGGGGACCCAAGGGUCCUCCAAAAAAGACCUGGUACCAAAGACGUCCAGUCAUUGCCUUUGGUCACUGGUUAGCAACCGUAAAAACAAAUCUGAAAUAUUAACUUAAAACUGUUUAAAAAAAUUAAACACACAAAUUUAAUUUAAAAUUCGAUAAAUGUGACUUUGAGUCUGUAGAAUUGAUUGAUACCCUGACUGUAGCACUUGAGAAACUGAAUGAGGAAUCAAUGUCUGGGUUUGUGAUUGUCGUGGAUCCACAUUAAGAUCCAGGCUUUGAACAACUUGUUGGAUUUGGCCGUGUUGACAUUGUAGAGACGUUUGCUUAUCUCAUCAAUAAUGUUCAUGUCUCUGUGUCCUCGGACUUUGAGGUCCAGAUCUGAGAUCUGGGAAUAUCUUAUGGAGACAAUAGGCACAUGGAUAAAUAUGUUGGUUGAUUGAGACCUUUGCAGGAGAACUAAAGUCCAAGUCUUUAGGGUCCUGGUGCUUCCUGUCUGGUUGUGAGACUUGGACGCUAAGCAGUGACCUAAGGUGACGACUGGAUGUCUUUGGUACCAGGUCUCUGUGGAGGAUUUUUGGGUCUUGCUGGAAUGACUGCGUUUCAAACUUUUACUUACUAAUACUCAGAUGAGGAGUAUCGCUGGCACUGUGAGGGAACAUCAAUUACCACAUUUUGUCCAUGCGAUGUGUUUCUCUGGACAUGAUCCAGGAUGUUUCCCGGAGUGUUGAGGACCUCAGCUGCAGGAGGAGGUCAAACGUCCACGUUUCACAUUGUUGCAGCAGAUAGAUGGUUGCUUUGGAGAGGUGGAGAUGGAUUGGUUGUCUGCCUGAGUGGUUGCCAUCCAGGACUGAAAUUUCCCAUUAUAAGAGUAUUGCCUCAGCAACAGUUUUCAUUCACAGAGUGAAGCUGCAAAUAAAAAACAUCUUCCUCACUCAGACAAACGAGGCAUCUUUGAAAAUGUUAUCAGACCUUCUGCAGUCUGAAAUCCAUCAUGGCUGUUCAGAGGCGGAGCCUGACAGUAAUUUGUCAAACAGUUUGAACCAGUGAGUCGAUUUCUGAAAGAACUGGUUGAUUUUAAUUCAGAAUCUCAUUAUGUAAACCUAUAGAAACUUUUUCCCAAAUCCCACUGCCAUGACCACACCCACUACAUUUGGCCCUGCCCC